AUGACCCGAUCUGCUUCCACAGCGUCCCGCACGACAAAGGGAGCGUUCUCCUCCACCAUCGGUCCCGGUGGCCGACCCCCAUCCAGCGUUUCUCGCCCACACACCUCCCUCGCUGGCAGCCGUAGAGCCAAUGGCACCGCAGUGCCCCGCCCCGCGACGUCCCUGGACACCCAUAUGGAGGAGGAUUCAAGUAUCUUGGGCAAAAGAAAGGGUAGGCCACAAUUUCCCAGUUUUACUCCCCCUUCUCCCGUGCCGGUGAGCGUCAGUGGGUGGUUCCCAGAACGUACAUCUGUGGAUGCCAUGGAUGAUGGUCCCGAUUCAAUAAGGAGCAACCCUCUGAGAAGCACCUCUCGGCGUACCCACCGUGAGGCAUCCCUGUCAAAUGCUCUCGGGAAUCUUUCAUUGAACCCCCUGUCUCAUGGCCCUCUGGAACCCGAACCCCCGUCGUCGGAACGCUGGAACGUUUCGACGACACCCACUCCGGCCAAACCCCUGACGGAGAGACCCCGUUCACCUCUCAAACAUUCCCCACGCAGAAGGCCCCCUCUACCACAGUUUCUCACCAAGGAGUCCUCGACCACCUUAUUUAACUAUUCUACAGGCGCCGAAUGGGACCGCGAGACGCGCGAGAGGUCCAUGGAAGAAAUGUUCAACACCUUCAUAUCGCGAGUCAGCCAAGCCGGUCAGGAAAGCUACGGCUUGAAAGAGACCGUCGAGUUGUACAAAUCGAGAGUCAAUGAACUCGAAACCUCCCGGAAGGAACUCACCGACAGCAACGUGUCUUUGCGUGUCGAACUCGAAUCGAUAAAAACACAACUGGCGACUUCGGAGAUGGCUCUGAAGGAUGCCCACAGAGACCACGAAAUCGCAAUCGAGGAUCUCAGCAAGCGUCAACGGAUCGAUAUGGAUACUAUUCGCCAGGAAGGGAAGAAAGAGCUGGAUGCUCUCCUCGCGCGCCAGGAAGACGAAAUCCGUGAACUAAAGCGACGCCAUGAAGAUGAGCUCGACAACGAAAAAGCCGCACGGCUGCGGGAACUUAACCAAAUUACCUCGCAGACCGCACUCGAUACCCAGAAAGCGCAUAUCGAAUUGGAACGAAAGGACCGAGAGAUUGCUUCGCUGCAGAGCACCAUCGACACCCUGCGACAAGAACUGGAACGGGAGCGCAAGUCCAAGGAGGAUCUUCGGCAGAACCUCGAUACCGCAAGCACCAACAGCGUGACUUUGGAGUCUUCCAUCCGGGCGCUGAAGGCGAGAAUCGAGUUUUUGGAGUCAGGCCGGGAGGAGCAGUCCCAAGCCUUUGAGCGUUUGAACCAGCGAAUGAUGGAUGCCCUGGCGGAGACCGACGCGACCAAGGACAAGCUGAGGAAGGAGGAAACCCUCCGGCGAAAACUACACAAUCAGGUGCAAGAGUUGAAGGGGAAUAUCCGCGUUUUCUGUCGUGUCCGCCCAUCACUGAAUAACGAGAGUGAGACCGAUAUCGCCCAGAUCCAAUACCCGGACCAGUCGGAAGAUUGCAAGGAGAUAAACAUCGUCGGACCCGAAGAGAGAACCGCGCUGGGAACCGUCAGCAGGAAGAACAGCAAUUUCUCGUUCGACCGCGUUUUUGGGCCGUCGACACAGAAUGCAGAGGUCUUUGACGAGAUCAGUCAGUUGGUCCAGAGCGCUUUGGACGGAUACAAUGUGUGCAUUUUCUGCUACGGUCAAACUGGUAGCGGUAAGACGUACACGAUGUCUUCCCUGGAUGGCAUGAUUCCCCGUGCAGUGCACCAGAUCUACGAGACCGCCACUGGCUUGGAAGAGAAGGGAUGGAGAUAUACUAUGGAGGGUAACUUUGUUGAAGUGUACAACGAGAACCUGAACGACCUCCUCGGCAAGGCAGAAGAACUGGACAAGAAGAAGCAUGAGAUCCGCCACGAUAUGCAGCGCGGCAAGACGAUCAUCACGGAUGUCACUACUGUACGCCUGGACUCGCCGGAAAUGGUGGAGUCUCUCCUCAAACGCGCUGCGGCCAACCGGUCAGUCGCGGCGACCAAGGCCAACGAGCGUUCUUCCCGGUCGCACUCGGUAUUUAUUCUCAAGCUCAUCGGUGAGAACAGUAUCACUGGGGAGCGGAGCGAGGGCACCCUGAACCUGGUGGAUCUGGCGGGUAGUGAGCGUCUGAGCCACAGUGGAGCGACGGGAGAGCGCCUGAAGGAAACUCAGAGCAUCAACCGCAGUUUGAGCUGCCUGGGCGAUGUCAUCGCUGCUCUUGGACAGGGCAAGGAGGGAGGCCACAUCCCUUAUCGCAACAGCAAGCUAACCUACCUCCUCCAAUUCUCGCUUGGCGGCAAUUCCAAGACCCUGAUGUUUGUCAUGGUCAGCCCGCUGCAGGCUCAUCUCUCUGAGACCUUGACCAGUCUCAAGUUCGCGACCAAGGUGCACAACACGCACAUUGGCACGGCGAAGCGCCAGGCGCGUGUUCGUGAUUCUUGA